AGUCCGCAAUAUUUUGGGCUGGAGUCAUUUGAUUUGAUUAAUGCCUGCAGGCCAAAUGUUCUGAUGGAAACAUCGCCGCGAAAAGAUCGCGAGGCAUGGAAGUUUUUGCAACGACGCCCCAGAAGCCAGAGGCACAACAAGAGAUCCAAGUGGGGCAUGGCUGCUGCUGGCUGUAUUUGGAUGCGUCCGUGGUCACCUGUGUCAUUCUCUGUUGCACAGACCCAUCAUACAGCUUCGCGAAGGCACAUUCCCACUGAUGUUAUGCAGCGAGGCAGGGCUGGUGCCACACUAUGCUGCGAGAAAAGACCAGGACGCUUAGCAGGAGCUGGAUUCAUCGCCUUGAGUGUCUUUGGUUUCUUUGAGGGGCCUACUGAGGGCGAAGGUGAUGCCAAAGAUUCCAAGAGGCAAUCCUCCCGAGGUCGACGCCGCAAGGAGGAUGAUGCUUUGAGGCGUCUCCUGCUGCAGGGGCACGGAGAGCAUACGGAUUCCUUCAAGAGGACACUUGUAGAUUGGUGGGAGAGUUUGCCACUUGUUGGCCAGAAAAGAAGGAUAGAAAAAGAAGAGGCGCACUCGAAGGAUCGCCUGGAAGGUCCAGAAGACGCGGCUUCAGGCGCUGUAAAUAUCCUCGCCUCCGUGAAGACGUCAGUGGUUGCAGCAGUGCUUGGCACAGGCCGUCCCGAAGAGAUCUCGGAAGAUGAGAAGGAAGAUGACAAGGAGUCAAAUGAGUCUUUUCCGCCCUUCUUGCCGGAGUUUUCAGCACCAGGCCUCUUCGGUGAGACUCCGACAGAGACGCGCGAUACCGAUUCGGCGGAUGUCACACAAGAAGCUAGUGCUGAAAAGGAGGAGGACUGGUGGCAAAAUGCUCAAGCAGCCCUUGGAAUGGCCCAAACAGAGGAACAAGAGGAACGAAAGGAGGAGAAGAAAGAGAGGGAGAAGGAAGAGAAGGAGGUUGAGGCUGAGCCCAAGGAGAGUGCCACGGAAAGAUUUGAAGUGGAAGAGCCUUUGCCAAGAGAAGAGGAGGUUGUGGAGGUUGAGGCUGCGGCUACCCCAGAGCCUGCGCCACAGGAAGAGCUUGAGCCACCAGUGGCGCCGGGCAUGGAAGAUGCCAACCUCAUCGUACGAGUGGACAUUGACCCCAAGCGACAAAGAGUAGAACUUGGGGAGAAGGCCAUUCGGAAUCUCAUGUCCCAGUCUGACCGUAAAGUGUUGGAGGCCAUGGCCCAAGAAGGAUGGGAGGUUGAAGUUGUUGAUGAGUCCAAAGGGUUGUACAUGCUGUCUUUGCCGUCAGUCCUCUAUGAGGUCAUGGGCACCAGCGUUUCCAUCCCAGCUCCGCGCUUUCUGACGAAGCUUCGCGACAAAAGCGGGACGUUUUCACAGUUUGAGGAGCGGCUAGAAGGAGAUCUGGUCUUGCAGAACGGCGAAAAUAUUUUUACUUUGCAGCUGGGGUUUCCUUUUCGGACCAAGCUCACCAUUUCCGCAGCGGGUUGGACGAGGGCCAAAGUUGGCUUUGAGGGCGAUGAGAUCCUCUCGUCCAACUAUGUGGAAGUUGGCAUCCAGCUCCCGAAGGUACCAGGCCUCACCAACAUCAUGGAGUACUUUGUGAAGAACUAUGGCACACAGUCAACGCAAGAAUGCACAGAUGCUUUGGCAAGAGCGGCAGAGCGACUGCCAGAGACACCCUUGCAAAGCAUUGAGGACACAAUGAAGGAAUUUUUAAAGCCGCUGACGGAUCCUGAAGGAAACGAAAAAAAACUGGUAGGGAGUGGGCCUGGAAGGCCACCAACGUAGAGUUCUUCUGUUCUUCUGUUUCCCCUCUGCAUGGGGCCGUGUUCAUUCAGACCGCUCACGUUGGGAGGAGUCCAGGUGAGCUCCAUGAGUUUCACCCAACGCUCUUUUGGCAUGAUAUUUUUUAAGUGCCGAUCUAGAGACCUAGAUGGUCCGAUCUUGCGGGAAGGAGCCUGGCAGGUGUGGUUUGUGGAUGCAGUGUUAACGAUGGACUUGGCCGUUUGGCUGGGAGUCUCCCUAGCGCAGUACACAGAGGUUUGGAGCCGUUCACAUCUUUGAACACUUUGCUGCUCACAUCUUGGAGUUCCAUCCAAGAUGGCCUGACCUUUGAAGGGCUGGGGCCGCUUGGGCUUCUUUUCGGCGCCCCCUGCUUUUUGCUUCUGGGAGCUGGGCAAGGACAUUUGUUUCCGAGCAAAAGCAGCGGGUGCAAUGUGUGCGUCGUUUGGCCUUGAAGGUGACCUCUUGAGCAACUUGAUGAAUUCAAAGAAAAC